AUGAAGUCUAUCUCUUCCGGCAACCCUCUCCUUUUCCUGCUGUUCCUAUGCUUGGCCGCAUGUGGACUUGUCUCUGCGGCUCCGCUGAGCGAUUACGAAUAUUGGGGACGCUCGGACCCGUAUGCUGAGGCGUACCACAAGGCAAGAGAGUGGGCCGAGCACCCAACGUUUGCAGCGCGAGCGUCAAGGCCUGCACAGCCUGCCCAACGACCGAAUCUCAGCAUCUGGUGGAGUCGCAAUGCUCGGAACGAUCUGACGUCGCAGACAUCUGCCGAAUGGGGAGGGCACCAACCACAGGCGUACCAGGAGGCAUUGGUGAGGCAGUACUGGGCGAGAACCCCCGCGGUCGCGCACGCUACUGGUGCCAAAAUCAUCCGGGCUGCACACAAGGGUGGAACCAACCCCAGGGAGCCUGACCACAUCACUGUUGGAUUCAAGGAUGCUAACGGUGAUGAGAUCAAUGACCACGCGUACCAUGUGUACACGGGCCGCCAGUAA